UGUCUGUCCAUCAGGAGGUGGAGAAGGAGUGCAGGUGUGGUAAAUACAGGAAGUUGAUGCCGUGUCAUAAAGAAUACCUGUGUGACUCCAAAUGUCCAAAAACCAGAAGUUGCCAGAGACACCAGUGCAGGAGGAAGUGCUGCCCUGGUAACUGUCCCCCAUGUGACCAGAGCUGUGGUCGAACUCUGGGGUGUCGCAACCACAAGUGUCCCUCUGGCUGUCACCAAGGUAGCUGCUAUCCAUGUCCAGAGUCGGUGGAGGUCCGAUGUUCUUGCGGUUCCACUGUCUUGUCCGUCCCUUGUGGACGAGAACGGAGCACCAGACCGCCUCGCUGCAAAGAGACCUGCAGGCGUCCUCCUUCCUGCCACCACCCGACCAGAGAGACCCACCGGUGCCAUCCCGGGCCCUGCCCCCCCUGCAGGCUGCCCUGCCUGCUGCCGCUGCCGCGCUGCAGCCACACUUGCCCGCCGCCCUGCCACGACCAGGUGCUGGUCAAGUCCCAGCAGGUGCAGUUAGCCGGUCCGUGGGAGCAGCCGUCUGAACCAGCGUUUGUGCAGAAAGCUCUGCCCUGUCCACCGUGUCAAGUACCCAUACCAACGUAGGUCAACACACACACACACACACACACAGACAGACACACAAACACACACACGCACGGAAACACUCACACACUCUCAAAAUUGUUUCUAAGACGCUGCUGUGUGGACGGAGAUUGUUUUAGUUUAUUGUUCUUUGUUUGACGCCCCCCCCAACCACAAGCAAAUCCCAGGGUGCUUUUCUCCUGUCAUGGAUCAUUGCACUGGAGAUUUAAAAAUAUACUGUGUUAUGUAGUGUGUGUGUGUGUGUGUGUGUGUGUGUG